AUGGAGGAGCACAUGAUCAAAAUGAAUUCGUUUUCAUCGGACAACUCUGAUGAAUUCACACAGCAGAGCCCAGAUGGAACUCAAGCAGAGAGGAGUCCACGCAAAGCACUUGUCCAGGGCCUGCUCUGUAAAGUGUGUUCUGACUCAAGCAGCGGCAAACACUACGGAAUAUACGCCUGCAAUGGCUGCAGCGGCUUCUUCAAACGCAGUGUGAGACGAAGAUUGAUCUACAGAUGUCAGGCUGGAACUGGCAGGUGCCCUGUUGACAAGGCUCACCGGAACCAGUGCCAAGCCUGUCGACUGAAGAAGUGUCUCCAAGCUGGCAUGAACAAAGAUGCCGUGCAGAAUGAGAGGCAGCCUCGAAGCACAGCACACGUCAGCCUGGACUCUAUAAACGUGGACACGAAAAAGGAGCACUUGGCCACCACACAGGAGCUCACCUCCUCUGACGCCUACUCAUCGGUCAUCUGUAGACCUCUGGUCACUUCAUCUGUCAACACUUCAGCUGCCAUGCAACCCUGCAGCAACCCAAAUAACAACCACCGCUUUAUGGUCAGCCUGCUGACUGCAGAGACCUGUGCAAAACUAGAGCCAGAGGACGUGGAGGAAAACAUUGAUGUGACAACAAAUGACUCAGAGAGGGACCGGACUCCCUUUGGCAGCUGCACAUCCCCAUACAGCUCCAGCUGCUCAGAGAGUGUGUACGAGACAGCAGCACGACUCCUCUUCAUGUCAGUCAAGUGGGCAAAAAAUUUGCCUCUUUUCGCUCACUUGCCAUUUCGAGACCAGGUGAUUCUUCUUGAAGAAGCUUGGAGUGAGAUGUUCCUCCUGUGUGCCAUCCAGUGGUCCCUGCCCAUGGACAGCUGUCCUCUUCUGUCUCUGCCAGAUGUUUCCCCCACACAGCAGACCAAGACCAGCCUUCCCACGGCUGACCUGCAGAUCCUGGAGGAGGUCUUCAGCCGCUUCAAGGCCCUGGCUGUUGAUCCUACUGAGUUUGCCUGCCUGAAAGCUAUUGUGCUCUUCAAGCCAGAGACCCGCAGCCUCAAAGACCCAGAACAGGUGGAGAAUCUGCAGGACCAGUCACAGGUGCUGUUGGGUCAGCACAUCCAUUCACUUUACCCCAACCAGAGCGCCAGGUUUGGGAGACUGUUGCUUCUGCUGCCGUCCCUCCACUUUGUGAGCUCUGAGAAAGUAGAGCAGCUGUUCUUUCACAGGACCAUCGGCAGCACACCCAUGGAGAAGCUGCUGUGUGACAUGUUCAAAAACUGA